AUAGAUAAAUGAGAGUACUGAAGAACCCAGAAAUAGUAGACACCUACCAAGCCAUAAAUGUGGAGAAGUGGUUAUAGAGGUGAGAAGUGACUAGGCCAUGUGGACGUCAAGAGGGACGUGGUUUUUGGCUCUGUGGCUCUUUGUUCUUAUAUCUGCUGUUCGAUCCUGGGGACACCAGACAAAAUGGGGAGAAAAAGCGCCACCAGGAUGUAAAGCAUGUCCUGCAAACAAGGAAGGACUCUUUGAUACUCCUAUUUGCGGUACGAACGGAAUCGCUUACAAGAACUACUGCUACUUGGAGCUAAGAAACUGCAUCGCGAAGAAACUCAAGAAACCUUUGGUAUCUCCAUCAAAGCAGCCUUCUGCUUGUGGACUCGAGACGAAGAUAUACAGCUCAUUUGGAGGAACAGGACCCUUUGGAAAGAAGAAAAGAGAAAUAUCUGAUAUAAUGGAAGAGUUUCGAGAACGUGAAGAUAAUACAAGAAUCCCUGGAUUUAGCCACGGGACACAGAGAUCCCACGGAAGCAUGACAGACUUCCAUAAACAAUACGAAUGAUGGGAACUCAUCUUGCUGUUCAAUUAUAACAGACAAACACAAAAAUAAGUUUUUUGGGGU